GUGCACACUUCCUGUUUCCUAGCAACAAAAGGAAGUGUUUGUUGUGAAGGGAGAUGAUAUAAAUGAUCUGGGGCUGAUUCCUCGGGCUGUGCCCCUCACCCGCAGGCCCCGGGCGUCUCAUACAGGGAGAGGAGCGGGGCCCCCGGAUGUCAUAAGGGCCCCACAAACCGGCCGCGUCCUACAAGCUUACACACUCACUGGCCCCUCACAUACAGGCACUGGGGCCCCACACAUCCCCGGAGCCGGCACCGCUGUAACCGGACCCAUGGAUGAAGAUUUAGGAAGUGCCAGUGACCAGACUCUGCCUGGACAUGAAAGAUAUGCCUUUGCCUUGAGACGACACCACAGUUCGACGUGAUCUCUUGAAAAUGUAGCUUGAGCCUGCUGAUCCCUUGCUUUGGAAGACCUUAUACAUUCCAGAAUGAACAUGGAUGAUGGGAAUGACCAAAGCUAUGGUUCCUCAAACCAGAAUCUGAACUAUGACCAGAGUCAUAUGUCUUUCUCGCAUUCGACAGAGUUAGAAAGUCACCAGGAAAGCCACAAGGAAGAAAGACCAUAUAAAUGUAAUUUGUGUGAUAAGAGUUACCGGCAUGCCGGCAGCUUAGUCAACCAUAAGAAGACUCAUCAAAUUGGACUCUACACCUGUCUGAUCUGUCAGAAAGAGUACUCUAACCCCAUGGGCUUGAAAAGUCACUUGCGCAUUCACUCCGAGGAGAAACGCUUUAAGUGUGAACAGUGCGGAGAAGCUUUUCGGAUGUCACAGCAGCUAUACAAUCAUCGCAAGUCUUUACAUGGAUAUUAUUCUACAACCAAUGGUGAAAAAAUUACAAGAAACUCAAAGUUUGAAGUGCAAUCCCCAGUAUUAGUGGAAAGCAGUAAUUUAAUGAGUAACUUGGAGAAUUAUAUUGCUGAAUCCAUGUUGCCCGUGGACUUCCCUCAGAUUGUCUCAAAAUACUACCCAGAUGAAAAGGCAGAAGAUGAGGACCCCACAAAAGAGGAUGUUGAAGGACAUGAAACAUUUAAAGAUGAGAAAGAUCAGACAAAUGACAGUAACAUUGAGGAGUAUCGCUACAAGUGUACUCAGUGCGGGAAAGCUUAUAAACAUGCGGGAAGCCUAGCCAACCACAGACAGAGUCAUAUGGUUGGCAUAUACCAGUGUGCCGUCUGUUACAAGGAAUUCUCUAACCUUAUGGCAAUGAAAAACCAUUGUCGUCUCCAUUCAGACUCUAGAGCACGACGCAGUUGUAAAUCACCUCGAUCCUCUGGAAGGAGUUCUGGUGUCCAUAGACCUGAACAACAGCAGUUUUCUGAAGAUAGAUCUGAUCUACCACAGAUAAAAGUGUUACAGUCAAUGGAGAAGGAACUCGAUUCCCCUAGUUUACCUGAAUUAUCAAAGACUAUCAAAUCUGAAGAUGAUGAUGAAGCCGUCCUUAUACCUCACACCCAUCAACAAGACGAGCAUGCCUCUUCAAUAAGUCCUCCUACCAAGCCUAACAAUAUUUUGACUGAUAAUCCAUUUAGUUCAGAUUCAGUGGUUGAGAAUAUAAUGGAAGAUGAAGCAAAGGAAAAGGCAAAUGACUUUUUAGCUGAACAACCAGAAUAUGAUGAUUCACAUGAAGACGAAACAAAGUCUGGAGAUAGACCUUAUAAGUGUCAGGAGUGUGGAAAGACCUACAGGCAUGCAGGGAGCCUUAUAAAUCACAAAAAAACUCACCAAACAGGUGUGUACAGUUGUUCCUUGUGUUCAAAACAAAUGUUCAAUAUGGCUGCCUUAAAAAACCAUGUUCGUGCUCAUUUCAAAUGUAAAGCAGGGAAGAGGCUGGGAGAAAGCUACUUCUCUUCUCUUGGCCUGUCUGAUGAACUCUAUCAAAACCAAGAAGACUCUUAUCAAUAUGGAGUUGGUGAUAAGGUUUCUUAUAAUGAAAGUGACUUUCUACAACAUCAGUUACUUCACCAGAAGCAAGAAAUACAAGAAAUGUCUAAUGAUAAACUAGUUGAGAAUGUUCCUGAGGCUGGCACAUGGCAAGAGACUCCUCAAGGUGGUAGUGAUGACUCUGCUUAUUCCAGUGGUCCUGGUUUUCCAGAUGUCAAGAUAGAAAUGGACAACCUAGCCCUUCAGCAGUGGAAUCAAGAUGAUUCCUUAGCAACCCCACAUAAAGUUAAGCUUGAAAAUGGAGAUGAUGAUGUCCAAAAUGCUGAAACAACUAGUUUUGAGCAAUCUUGUCCUGAACCAGUUGCUUGCCAAGAUCCUGAAUCUACUGAAAUGGAAGAACACCAACAAGUAACAGAUGAUCGGCCACAUAAGUGUGACCUCUGCGGCAGAACGUAUAGGCACAAAAGUAGCUUAAUUAAUCAUAAGCUAACUCACAAGACUGGAGUGUACCAGUGCUCGCUCUGUCCAAAGCAAUACUCUAAUUUAAUGGCCCUAAGAAAUCAUGUCCGUUUCCACAGUAGAUCAUAUGCAGGAAGGAGAGGUAUAGCAUCUAGACGAAGUCGACAGUUUUUUCGGAACAAGCCUCGAUUUUUGCAAAACCGGAACAGCCACUCCCUGGCUGACACUACAAAGUUAAGUAAUGAAAUACCCCAUGAAACAACCACCAGUAAUGGAGGUGUUGAACGUUUGGAUGAGUCCCAAAAUUGUUGCACGUGUGGAAAGUCAUUUGACUGUUCAGAGCAUUUUCAAACACACAGAAUGAGCUGUCCAAGCGCAAUAACAGUAUCUCCUGCAAAUACACUCACAAAUGUUCAGUGUGAAAUUUCUAUAUCAACAAGUACAGAAAAAGAUCUUUCCAAAGUAAAGGAACCUGUAGAACCACAAGAGAAGGUUGUAGAAAGCUCCGAAAACUACGGAAAGAGAGUGUAUGAAUGUGACCUUUGCAACAAGUCAUAUAGACAUUCGGGAAGCCUAAUCAAUCACAAAAGAACACACCAAACCGGUGACUACAUGUGCCCUUAUUGCUCCAAACAUGUUCUUAACAUGGCUGCCUUAAAAAAUCAUAUUCGAAUUCACCACAAAGCUAAGAAAGGACAACAGGGAGAAUUGCAUGUUGAUCAUGCUCUUCUUUAUUCAGAUGUUUCUUAUCCACCUGCUGGUAAAGGCCUAUACAGUUGUGUCAGCUGUGAAGAAAUGUUUCAGACUGAAAGUGAUUUGGUGGCACACCAAAUGUUGCAUAUUUCCUUGGAGGGAAAUCAGUGGGAUUACGAGGGCCCCAGAACCAGCUCACCAGAAAUGAAUAAAGAAACAUUGUUUAGAGGUAUUGGGGACUCUGACUGGGACCAUUCCAAUAACCGGGAUUACCAAGAUGACCAUAAACACCUUAACUCGGAAGAUGAAGAAAAACCCUCUGAAUACACAUGUGUAGAAUGUGGGGAAGUGUAUGACCAUUUAGAUGAUUUAACUGACCAUAAGCGUAGCCAUCAGGCGGGUAUAUACCAGUGCUCAUUUUGCCCCAAAGAAUACCCAAACCUUCUUGCUCUGAGAAGUCAUUUUGAGACCCACACAAAGCCUCAAACUCUCAGGAAUACAAGCUUAGAUGGCUCUGAAGGGAAGGGAUUUGUGGACAACACUCUCCUGGUGGAUAACCAUUAUGACUGUGGUCAUUGCGGCCUGAUUUUUUCUAAUGAAGGUGACUUCCAUCAACAUCAGGUGGCACACGAGAAACAGGUAAUAGAUGAAUCCCUUCCAGGACUUCAUAGUGAAGAACAAGUGCCAGAAUUCUUCUCAAUGCAUUCCUCAGAAAAAGAACUAUUAAGUAGAAUAAAAAGUGAGAUAGAGGAAACGGAGCACAGUGAAGCCAAUGAUGGCGGUUCCCUACUCUCCCACAUCUGUGGGUUCUGUGGCAAAACCUAUGAUGAUCUAGAAAGCUUGCAGGUUCACAGCUUUAGUCACAGUAAUGAAGAAGCUUCUGCAGAUGAAAACCUCCAUCAUGAAACAGAUCUAGAGGAGAAUCCUCAACAGCAUAGUUCAAUAUUAAAGCAAGGUGAAGGUUCUGGAUCAACCGGUAAAAAUGAAGGAAGUCCAGAGAGCCGGCCUUAUACGUGCAAGCAAUGUGGUAAGACGUAUCGUCAUGGUGGAAGUUUGGUAAAUCAUAAAAAGACUCACUUGGUUGGCAACUUCCAGUGUGUUGCUUGUUCUAGACGUUAUCAUAACCUGGCAGCCUAUAGAACCCACUUCAGACAUCACCCAAAGUGUAGGCAGCCAGCAGCUUUCAACAAUCAGCAUGAGCGACUAGCUUUACAAGACAGUAUAUACCCUAGUGGAGAUGAGAAACCAUUGACUUUUUCUAUAUCUUCCAGUGACCCUGUGCCUCAUGGCUCUGAUGGUCAACCCGAUGACUUUAACAAAAUUGAAGAUUUCACAUCUAAAGAAGCUUGUCUCACUUCUCAAUAUUACAGCCAAAUGACGAAGAAUAAAAAUUCAAGGAGAAGGUUUUCUAGACAAAUUGGCAGGGUUCGCAAAGUCCAGACAAGCAAACCGACUUCUUUAGGUUCUAAGAGUUGUGCUCUUGAUAUAUCUGAUGUGGAAGUUAAAAAGGUUCAGGUCUGUGAGUUCUGUGGUAAGACGUUUGGGGUAAAAGAACUAGCACUUCAUCUUUCUGGUCAUUGUGGCGGUCACUCAGCUAAGGUUAGUGGCACCCUAAUUGAACGUAAAGAAGAGGUUCAGAAUAUUCCAAUCUUGCCUGACUCCGCUUUGUCACAAAAUGAACGAGAGACUGGAUUUUAUUGGCGCCCUUUUCGUUGUGAAGUGUGUGGCAGGUCCUAUAGGCAUGCAGGGAGUCUUAUUAACCAUAAACAGACUCAUAAGACUGGAAUAUUUCGCUGUUCAAUCUGCCAGAAACGUUUCUUCAAUCUAAUGGCGAUGAAGAAUCACAACCGCAUCCAUUUUGAGCUGAAGAGGCACAAGUGCCUAGAUUGCGGUAAAGCUUUCCGGCUGCGGAAACAACUAGAUACUCACCAAAGAAUACACCGGCAAAGGACCUCAGCCAGAAAGCUAGGAAGGCGCAACCGUAAAAGUAGAUACAGAAGAUUUGCUCAAGGGCGUCAUCAAAAGUCACUAAUGCAAGUGUCAAGUGAUGGUUCUUCUUUAGAUGAUAAAAGCUCUGAUUGUCGAGUAAAAAAGGAAAAGGAUCCAGAUGCUCGUCCAUACCAGUGUGAGGAGUGUGGAAGAUCCUACAGACAUGCUGGAAGCCUGUUUAAUCAUAAGAAAAGCCACAAAACGGGUCAGUACCAUUGUUCAAUCUGUGACAAAACCUAUUCCAAUCUAAUGGCCCUAAAGAACCAUCAGCGCACCCACUAUGAAGCCAAAAGACAUUCUUGUUCUCAGUGCGGCAAGACCUUUAAGUGGAAGAGACAACUUUUGAGGCACCAACUUGUUCAUGUUCAAGAAGGGUCCCAGCUUGACUCUCAAGUACCCUUCAGAAUGGAGGAAGUAAAGAUCAUAGACGGUCACCAACAGGGGAACUCCACUGUUGCUCGUGAAGCAUCCAUCACUAAUAAGGAGGAUAUCUCCAGUGGUGCAAAUAUGAUCAUCCGUGACAGUAGUGAAUCUACUUCCCAGCCCCAACCUGUAUGUGUAACUUGUGGAAUAUCAUUUACAAAUUAUGAGGAGUUGGCGCACCAUGCAUGCAGAAGAAACAGCAUAGAUACAUUGGCCUCAGAGGGCACUGGCACAGGAGAGUCUACACAGUUUGAACACAAAGAUGAUCGACCCCAUCGAUGUGACAUAUGCAACCGUACUUAUCGCCAUGCUAGCAGUUUGCACACUCACAAGAGCACACACAAACGAGGAAAUUACAAGUGCUCUAUUUGUCACAAAGAGUUUCUCAACCCCAUCUCAAUGAAGGCCCAUCUGCGUACUCACAAAGUUCAAAAGCGCUUUCAGUGUGGGGAUUGCGGGCAAACCUUUCGGUCUUCCCAGCAGCUGAUAAGUCACAAAACAGUCCACACUGGAGAUAAACCCUUACUCUGUACAAUCUGUAACCGAGGGUUCAGCUGUCAAGUAACCCUUAGACAUCACCAACGGACUCAUAAACCAUUGUCUUCUCCUGCUCGGUCUUCCUCAAUAGUUUUACCAUCACAGACUCCAAACAGUGGAAAAAUUGCAUCCCAAUCCGGUGAGAAGUUUCACAAAGACCAAGCGGGCCAAGGUGAUCGUAAAUACAAAUGCAAGCAAUGCAGCCGUUCUUACCUCCAUGCUGCCAGCUUGUUUAACCACCAGAAAACUCAUAACAUCGGGGUCUACAAGUGCCCAAACUGCUUCAAGGUAUACUCCAACCUACUCGCCUUUAAGAAUCACCUCCGCAUCCACAGAUACAGCUGCAAGGAGUGUGGAAAAGCCUUCCGUAACUCUACUGACUUGGCAACACAUUCAAAGAUCCACGAAGAAGGAUCCUUCACUUGUUCUCUCUGCGAUAAACAUUUUCUUUGCCGUUCCAGUCUCAAACGACAUCAGCAGAUCCACAGUAACCAGGCCAGCGAUAUCUUAGACCCUCAGCCCGUGUCUCAUAAUUUUAUGGUUGAAGUAACAUGACUGUUGUGAUGGUGCUCGCAGUCACCACGUGUAGCAUGAAGCCUACACACCAAAUAAUGACAAGACUUUUAUGGAUUCCAAUUUUUUAAAAUUAUUCUAGCAACCUCAGCAGUGUGCCAUUAACCCUCCACGAGCCUGUCCAGAUGUAGAUAAUAACUUAAUUAUGGGCAGGCCUACAGAACUGACAUGGUACAGGCUCCUAUUCUGUUACGUUGCCUUUUUAUUUUUCACACACAGGACGAAGAGGGGUUACUUUUCCCUUUUACAAAUGCACUUCUGUUGGAAUAUAAUGGUGCUUUAAUCAAACUCUUGACACCGGGGUGUCUAUUACAGCAACGUGAUGUUGCAGCUAGCCCUGUAGCUAGAUUAUCUGUUUUACUUCCUCCGCACCAUUCCAGGGGAGGAGAUUAGGAAUGGAUAGGACUGAGGUAUGUUCUAAGCAAUUUGGGGUGGGCUACAUGUUGGGGCUCGAAACGGGUUUACACAUCUGCCAAGCUGUUAUCUUCCCUCGAAGCCCAGCACUGUCUAGCAGAUGGGCCUUAUUAAUUUAUAUUGUACAGGGUUCCUUGAACCUGCACGCGGACCGUGUUGAAUGGGGAAUAUACAGAUAAAAUAAUUUAGAAAUGUU